AGUACAUGUUGUACUCAAUCAAAUGUUCCUACUUUUUUUUCCCCCAAGAACCAAAUGUCAUGCCUGAUAAUUGAUGCAAAUAUUUGCUUAUGCUUCCUUUCAUUUGCCACACAGCACAACGCACCUAUACCCCAGGGUGGUCGAGGCAGUGUCCAGUUUGUCACUCAGUAUCAACAUUCGAGCGGUCAGCGACGUGUCCGAGUCACCACACUCGCCAGAAAUUGGGCCGAUGCCGCCAUCAACAUCCAGCACAUAGCGGCCGGCUUUGACCAGGAAGCUGCGGCCGUCCUGAUGGCUCGCAUCGCCGUCUACCGGGCAGAGAACGAGGAGGGACCGGACGUCCUACGCUGGCUGGACCGCAUGCUCAUCAGACUCUGCCAGAAGUUUGGGGAAUAUCACAAGGACGACCCAAACUCCUUCCGCUUUGCUGAGAACUUCACCAUGUACCCACAGUUCAUGUUCCACCUACGGCGUUCUCAGUUCCUGCAAGUGUUCAACAACAGUCCUGACGAGACGUCCUACUACCGCCUGAUGUUGAUGAGGGAGGAUCUGACGCAGAGUCUGAUCAUGGUGCAACCCGUCCUCUUCUCAUACUCCUUUGAGAAGACCGAGCCGGUGUUGUUAGAUACAAGCAGUAUCCUCCCAGAUCGUAUCCUUCUCAUGGACACCUUCUUCCAGAUUGUCAUCUUUCAUGGAGAGACCAUCUCUACCUGGAGGCGAGAAGGGUAUCAAGAUCAUCCUGAUCACGAGAUGUUCCGACAGUUCUUGAAGGCCCCCAAGGAUGACUCUCAGGAGAUCCUUCAGAAGCGAUUCCCGAUGCCUCGAUACAUCGACUGUGAGCAAAACAGCAGCCAGGCUCGAUUCUUACUAUGUAGGGUCAACCCGUCACAGACACACAACAACAUGUAUGCUUGGGGACAGGAGGGAGGAGCACCAGUCUUGACUGACGACGUUAGUUUACAAGUGUUUAUGGAUCACCUUAAGAAGCUUGCUGUCUCCAGCUCAUCUUAGACACUCACCAAGGCUCCAGGAAAAAAAUGGGAGGGAGAUGAAUUUCUCUAGACACAGAAACUUUUGGUCAGUACAGAAAGGUUGCCCUCCAAAGUGAUAUGUAUUGUACAAUAUUAAGACCCUUUCAUGACUUGUCAUUGUUUUGGGUUUUUUUUUUUCCUUGGGCAACAAAAUACAAAAUAAAAACAAUACUUGGUGGCACAGCUGUGCCCAAACCUAACUGAUGGGCUUGGCACUGCGGGCUUGGCAUUGAAUGGUCACACAGUGGGAGGGUUGAAAUGAAGAAUGUCUUUGUUCUUUGUUGCCCCUGUGAUUUGUACUGGCCAGUAAACAGUCUCUCCCUCCCUAUUGAUGGAUCUUGAAUGCGAAACCCAGUUCUAUGGUUGAAAAAUAUUUCAUGUCUGUGUCUUUUUGCUUGUCAAAAGCAAGGUACACUUCUGGUAAAAUAUACAUUUCAUGAAUAAACGGAUUCGGUUAAAAGAGAAUAUCACAGUUCUAAGUAAUUAAAUUUAAUUUGUUGAGGUCCAAGUUUGGGUAGUCAAAUUUCUGGUCUCUUCCCCCUCACAGGCAUGAUAUUCUUCCUACUUAAGCCGUCCGAUUUCCGAUUUUGUUUGCCAUUGGAAUAAAUGUGAUUAAACAGCCUCAAAAGUCUAUUAGUAUAAAACCAUUUGUACACAAUAAAAUAUUCUUACUUUUUUUCCCAAGGACCAAAUAUCAUGCCUCCCCAAAGUAAUGGUUGUUUUACCAAAAGUGUACCAAAAUACAAUAGUUUAUUUGUUUAUUUUUUAAACGUAAGAGAUAAGUUAUGCACAUGUUCAGUAGGUGUUUUGACAAAUGGACCUAAGUCGGGGUGUUGUAAUUGGGAACAUUUAUCUGCAUGAAUUUCUUUGGAUACAGGAUUGGGAAAAUUUGACUGCAUGAAAUUUUUGGGAUUACAGGAUUUAAUCUUAUCAUAAUUGCUCAGGGGCCCAUUGUCAUAAAACCAUUAGGCACAAAAACUGCUUAGCACAGACUAAUCUUGCUUAAUAGCUGAACCAGGUUACCAGCCAAAACACUAUGUUAUGUAUUAUUGUUUGUGACUGGCCUCCUGAAAAUUUUUGCUCAGCAUACAAAUUUGUUGAUUUUUUGGACAGCUUCCUGAAAUUGGGGCCUGGCUGAAUACUUUGAUUUAUUGAACACAUUCUUAUGUUGUAAAAGGGGACAAAACAUGUCAACCUGCAAGGAAUUUGAACCCCAACUGCCUAAAUUCUUUCUAGCAGGUUGUCUGUGCUUUACAGGCUUUGGGACUGCAGGCCAAAAUAACAAUUGUUUGUCAUUGGAAGAGGCGUACCAAUCUUACACACAGGGCUGAGACACUCCAGAAUUUGACCUGAAUUCAGAUAUGAAAAAGCGCCGUUAUUUCCUUCCACUGUAAAUAAAUCCUGCUUCUCUGAUCUACUUCUCUAGCACUAAGGAUGUUGUUUCCAGAAGCUCCUUGAACCUCCAAGGAUUACCAAAUGGCAGAAAUGCAAUCAUUUCAGUAAACCAGUAUAAAAUUUGGAUCCGAGUUUCAGAUUUUUUUGGUUAGGAAUUACCUCUCAUCCCUGCCUA